CUCCGAAUUCCACCAGCAAAGACGGUUCUCCUCCCAAGGUGGUUUCGUCGCCUGUGUCUUUCGACUCCGUUCCAUCGAAGUCCACCCCCACUCAGACUGACCUGGCGCCCUCCACCAACAAGAUUAAGCUGAAGAUGAUCUUGAGCAUCUUGGAAGAGGAGAGGACUGCGCGUAUCAAGGCUGAUACGAAAGUCGAGGAGUUGAUGGGGGCCAUGAGCCGCCUACAAGAGAAGGUUGAUCGACUGGUGCAGGAGGCCGAAGCAAGGCCGGCGAAGACAUUGGCAUCAACCAAGCCAACCGCGAAACCUCAAGAGCCUGUGAAGCCUACAGUGCUUGCUUCUGCCCCCGAAUCCCGUAACAAGGACGACCCCGAGGGCGACAAGGUCGUGGCGCCAAAGCGCAAGUCCACCCACCAGAUCGUGAGGUCCCUCAAGAAUGAGUUUCCUGCGGAGACGGCCCACGUAGUCUUCAACCAGCUCAAGCGCGGCUCUCUGCGCCUUUCUGGACUUCGGAAAGUUCAGCCUGGCAUCCUUCAGGCACAGGUUGAGAAGGUGCUGUGCGCGUUCAAGGUGCCAGCACCGAAGCGAAAGAAGCACGCGUCAAUGGCGAUUGAUCUGGCUAAUUUUGGAAAUGGCCUUGCUCGCGGCGACGAACGCUACCUUCCUCUCGACACCACCGUUAGGGACGCAGCCAUCGCAUUCGCGGAUGAAAAGCUGGCCAACCACCUCUUCCACGACAAGAAUUGGUUGAGUUUCCGCUGCGUGUCUAAGCAGCACAGAUGCAUGCAGGGGUACAUGGAUGGACGUGUGGUUUUGUAGAUAGCAAAUUGUGGAGUUUGCGUGGGCGG